AUGUCCAUCUGCUCCAGUGACAGGAGCUAUGGCAGCUGUGUCUGCUUGCCUGGUGCUUAUACCAGUUCCUCCUGGGAGGUGGAUGAUUGCCCUGAGAGCUAUUGUGAACCCCCCUGCUGCACCUCUACCUGCUGCCAGUCCACCUGCUGUGCCCCUACCUCCUGUCAGUCCACGGAUGCCCCCAUCUGCUGUGCCCCAGCAUCCUGCCUGACCCUCAUCUGCACCCCUGUGAACUGUGUGUCUAGCUCCUGCUGCCAGGCAGCCUGUGGGGCCAGUCCCUGCCAAUCUGUCUGCACCAGCUCCUGUGAGCCCUCCUGCUGCCAGCAGUCUAGCUGCCAGCCUGCAUGCUGCACAUCCUCCCCCUGCCAGCAGGCCUGCUGUGUGCCCAUCUGCUGUAAACCCAUCUGUUGUGUGCCUGUCUGCUGUGAGGCUACUCCUUGCCUGAACUCCACAUGCUGCCAGCCUUCUGUUCGUGCUCCCUCCUGCUGUAGACCUUCUUCCUGCAUUUCCCUACUUUGCCAUCCUGUGUGCAAGCCCACCUGCUGUGUGCCCACCUCUUCCUGUUGUACACCCUCCUCCUCCUCCUGCAUGUCCCUGCUCUGCCGCCCCAUGUGUCCCUGCCCAGCUUGCUGUGGCCCAUCAUCCAGCCAGAAGCCCUGCUGCUGA